UGCAACCAUUGUGAAAGCCAAGAUCCAAGACAAGGAAGGAAUUCCUCCGGAUCAGCAGCGGCUGAUUUUCGCCGGCAAACAGCUUGAGGACGGCCGGACUCUCGCCGAUUACAAUAGCCAGAAGGAGUCGACUCUCCAUCUGGUUCUCAGGCUUCGAGGAGGUAUGCAGAUUUUUUUCAAAACCCUAACCGGCAAGACCAUCACGCUCGAGGUUGAAAGCUCCGACACAAUUGACAAUGUGAAAGCUAAGAUCCAAGACAAGGAAGGGAUCCCUCCUGAUCAACAGCGUUUGAUUUUCGCCGGAAAGCAGCUCGAGGAUGGUCGGACUCUGGCCGAUUACAACAUACAGAAGGAGUCCACCCUCCAUUUGGUUCUGAGGCUUCGCGGUGGGAUGCAGAUCUUUGUAAAGACUCUGACAGGAAAGACAAUUACUUGGGAAGUGGAGAGCUCGGACACCAUUGAUAACGUGAAGCCCAAAAUCCAAGACAAGGAGGGCAUUCCUCCGGACCAACAGAGAUUGAUCUUUGCUGGUAAGCAGCUCGAGGACGGGAGGACUCUUGCGGACUACAACAUUCAGAAGGAGUCUACGCUGCAUUCGGUGUUGAGGCUUAGGGGAGGAAUGCAGAUAUUUGUUAAGACAUUGACUGGGAAGACCAUCACAUUGGAGGUGGAAAGUUCGGUUACAAUUGAUAAUGUCAAGGCUAAGAUUCAGGACAAGGAGGGUAUUCCAAUGGAUCAGCAGAGAUUGAUCUUUGAUGGCAAGCAGCUCGAGGAUGGGUGCACUCUUGCUGAUUACAACAUACAGAAGGAGUCAACCUUUCACCUUGUCUAUGAUGAUUCUAAGAGAGAAAACGUUGAUCAGUCAGGAGUUCACUGUCAAAUUGUUCAAGAAAGCGGAGCAGAUGAGUGUCAUGCUCCAGACUUCCCCCCACCCACUGAUUUGGAUCGGCCAAUCACCACACUUGAGGAGAAGCAACGAUCUGAUGUUACAGCCUACCACCCCGCCUAUUUACCAAUUCAAGCCUUCCACCCUCCAUCCUCUGGUUUGGGUUGUCCACUAAAACUCAAGGACAAACCCAUUGUGUUGGAGAUGGUCGCUGGCCAUUCACACUCACCAAUUCAGCGUUUCAAUGACAAUCGUUAAUGCUGAGGUGUUCCACGGAAUCCAGUCAAAGCGUCAAUCUUGAACGUGCUUAAUCAGGUGAUUCGAGAUUGCAUGAAGGGGAUGAAGGGGACUGACUGUGUAAAGGUGGUUUGUGAAUAUCCUAAAACUGUGUGUAAACAAGUAAUGAUGUUACGAAUGUCUAGAAUGAAAUGUUCUCAUAUAUGUUUUUUUAAGUAACAAAGUGAAUGGGAGUUGUGGGUGCAUGUAAUUGAAUAUGAUUGAUCCAGUGUUCAUCUGAAUAGU